AAAAUGUGGCAGGAAAAUGGAUUAUAAAUCGACGUUAUCAGAUGUUAGCUCGUAUCUCAGUCGACAAAAACCUGAUAUUAAACUUUUCCAUGAAGCAGGUCUAGUGAUUUCACACUGCCAGAGAGAGAAGAAAAGGUCUCACAAACACUUUCUUAUGGAUGCUGAGGAACCAGAGUCGGAUGUUGAGGAGGAGGAUGGCGGCAAGAGGCCUCACAAGGAACCAAAUAUGACACCUACUAAGGAAAGACAACACCCUGGUAAUAGUGGAGCUGAGCCUGAAUUAGGUGCAGUAGAGUCCUUCUUCCCUGCCGCCUAUCCAGUCUGUGUGUCACAAGAUGGACCAGGAGAGAGAGGAGGAGAAGAAGAGGCAAGUCCGAGCUCCAUGUCAGAGUACUGGGUACAUCAAAAUGACCAGCACAGCGUUGCAGACUGUCUGGUUCCCAUGACUGACGUUCCCGUUAGUUCUAUGUGCAGCCCCGUCGGUUCAGCUGGGGAUACCCUCAGAUCCGCAUCCAGGAAUCCUGGCUGCUCUGACCGGGAUCCUGUUAGUGCUGCAGCUCACCUACACCUCCUGGGGGAAUCCUUGUCCCUGAUUGGGCACCAUCUUCAGGAGACAAAUAAGUCGGUGUGUGUGUCCAGUAGCUUGUCUCUGCUCUUGGACUCUCUGCUGUGUGCGCUGGCUCCGCUAAUCUGUCUCACCUCACAGAUACCAGAGCUGAGGAGCUGCACACAACACACACUGGCUGCUACUCUGGAAAACAUUUCCUAUGUGAUGCCGGGGUUUUGAGUGAUGAAGACUCCUCUGGCUGUAUACGGCACAUUGUAAUAUAUUGAAAGACACUUUAGGUUAGUUUACACCUGGAAAAGAAUUAUACUCAAACAAUAUUGGUUUAAACUAUGAACAUUAUUUUUGUGUUAAUAACAGAUAUGUGAGUUUACUUAUAUUGGUUGUCCAAAUAAAAGGUGUGUUUGAACACUGAAUUUUUCUUGUUGUAUGAUGUGGAAGUGGCGCUGUGGGGAGAUGGUUCCCUUUUUCUGGAUCACAUUGAAGUUGAUCAAGCCUCCUAUAAAUGUGGUGUCUGGGCCUCAUGAAUAAACAUGCUCUUAGGUUCAUACUUAAGUGUAAUGUUAAUUUCAUAACACUCUGGCUGUGAAUAUUUCAUCACCCAAGCCCUCUUCAUUUUUAAUAAGUACAGAUUUGUGCCCACUUAGUAUAAAGUGUAAAUGUGUACCAGGACACACUUGAUGUGUGAAUCUCCAGUGACAUAAGAUUUGAAGACAGUCGCGACACAGAAGCAACUAAUUAAUUUCCUGUCUAAAUGCGUAGCUAUGUUGACAUAUUUUGGCUAAUUUCAUUCCUUGUUCAAUGAAUUGUGAAGAAGCACAAAGUUUGAGCUCAAACUGUGAGGAUGAAGCUGCCGUACUGUAAUAUAUAACCAUUGAACUGAUCUAAUGAGCUAAAUAUAUGCUCGGAGAUAAAGUCAUUUCCAUGUGGUUUUGUAAUUAACUAAUUGUCUAUAGGUUAGUACUUAAGUCAUUUCUAAUUAAAUAUAUUAUUAUCUGUCUCUGAUUGCUCUAAUAAUCAGUAAAUCCAACAUCCAGCUGUGAUUUGAUUAGAUGAUCUAAAAGUUAGAGGCCUGAAGAAUUGAAGCUUGAGGCUUCAAGAGUUUCAUAAAAUAUGUAGAAUGAAACUGCAAAGAACUAUUUUAUGAAUGUUCAUCCGACUGACGUUCAACAGAAGCAGAGUGAGAUUCCUCUUUGAUUUAUUCUGACUCAGCUUUGUAUAUCGCCAUGUCUGUCUGUUUUUACAUUUUUUCCUCUUCAACAGAUCAAAAUAUUUACAGGAAUAAGCAACUAUGAACCCUGAAGAAGAACUUAUUUGACAGUUAUGGAUGAGUUUUGGCAUUUUUUAGGGGUGUGGUAGAUAAAACUAUGGUAGAAUGAUUCACAUCUGCCUCAGGAUACACCCCUCCACCCCAUCUUGGAAUGUUUUGCAGCUGACAGACAAAGAAACCUGUUGCGCACGAAAAAACUAUACUUAUGAGUGUGUUCAUAUGUGCAUGUGUUCUAAAUUGGGAGUGGUGAGACAGGUACCUCCCUCACCUGCGUAGGCAGCUUUAAGUACCCAUCCGUGAGCCGACAGGUACUGAAGUCGUCUGGAUGAGCGAUAUAUUUCAGAGCCAACAUAUCUUAACAGAGCAGUCAGAGAAGAGCGUACAUGAACACAGCUUCAAAGACUUCAGACAGCUAUGAAUGAACACUACCAUGGGUCCUUGCCCCCAGAGCUCAGACUUAUCCUUGUGGGGAACAUUGGAUGUGGAAAGACAUCAUCAGGAGAUACUAUCCUGAGCCAGCUGAACCCUGCCUCUCCCGGUGACGCCAGGAGCUGCCAGCUGCGACAGGGCUUCUCCGAGGGCAGGAAGGUGACCCUGGUAGAGGCACCGAGGUGGUACUGGAGUGGUGGCAAGAUGGAGGACAGCGUCAGGAAAGAGACAGAGCGAGCCAUGACUCUGGUAGCACCAGGUCCGCAUGCUAUUCUGCUGCUGGUGCCUGUUUACCAGUUCACAGAGAUGGAGGCCUGGGUGCCUGCAGAGCUGGAGGAGGUGUUUGGGGCAGAAGUGCUGGAUCACACUAUGGUUCUGCUGACCUGUGGGGAUUACUUGAUGGGAAGGACAGUGGAGGAAUACCUGCAGAAAGAGCACCCAGGCCUGAGGCAGAUCAUCGAGCGCUGCGGAGGGAGGUAUGAUGUCAUCAAUAAUCGUCAGCAACAGGACAGGGAGCAGGUCCGUGUGCUGCUGGAGAAGGUGGACAGUAUGGUGCAGAAACACGGGGUAUUCUACAUGAAAACAGCCCAGGAGAGAGACCUGGACAAACGAGUGAAAGAAAGAAAACAAGAACUGAUGGAAAGUUUUAGAGCUCAAAAGGAAGAGAAAAGAGAGUCAACCCUCCAACGAAAUACAGAAAAACAGAGGAGUGUUGAAAGAGAGGAGCAGCACAGCAUUGCCUUGGAGAAGAGGAGAAAUGAAGAAAGGGAUGAGAUGGAGGGAAAAGUGGGAGCGAGCCAAGUGUCUAAUGGGCUUCAUUCAACUCCAGCACCAGAGUCACGGUCAUAUUCACAGCCGCAUGAGGACAGUCAGAUGAAAAAGACCCCCAGUUUCAGACUAAAUGCAGAUGGAGCUAUACUCUCACAAAUGUCUGAGAGUAAAGCAGCGCCGAAAAUAGUCACUACAUUUCACCACAGAAUCAACAGCUUUGAAGAGGAAUCUCCAGAGGCUUCUCCCACCUCUUCACCUCAUUCACCUGUCUUCUCCUCUUCCUCCUCCAUGCCAACCUUUGCUUCCUCUCCCUCCACAUCCUCAUCCUCUUCAGAGCUGCGUCUAGUGUUGCUCGGGCGAUCUGGAGCAGGAAAGAGCAUAGCUGGCAACAGCAUACUGGGUCGGGAGGAAUUUGAGUCACACCCGGACAGCCUCAUAGCCGUCACUCAGGAGUGUGAGAAAAAGAAGGCACUUGUUGCAGGCAGGAAGGUGGCAGUGGUAGAUACCCCGGACUGGUUCAACUCAGAGCGCGCUCCAGAUGAGGUACGAGCUCAGAUCUCCUCCUGCAUUGCGUUGUCCAGUCCCGGACCCCACGCUUUCCUUCUGUGUGUCCCCUUAGACCAGCCUGCCAAGAAUGAGCUGCAGGCUCUCAGGGCUCUUGAGGUUGUUUUUGGCCCAGAAGCAGUCCAGAGACACACUCUGGUCCUCUUUACUUACCUAGAUCAACUGAGGGAGAGCGGGAAGGCGGGGAAUGACAGCGUGGAGGCAUACAUUGCUGCUCAGCGUAAGGAUUUGUUGAGGCUCGUGGAGAAAUGCGGGGACAGGUUUCAUGUGAUAGAGACAGGAGGAGGUGGGAGGGAGAGGGAGAAUGUGGCAGAGCUGCUAGAAAAGGUGGAGCAGACGGUGAGGGAGGCUGGUGGACAGUGUUAUUCUUGUCCUGCUUUUCAAGAAGCUGAGAACAGAGUGAGGCAGAGACAGGUAGAGAUAACAAGGGAGAGGAGGAAAAACCUAGAAGAAGAAAGACGAGAAGUUAGACAGCUGAGCACUGAACAGAGGACACUCUAUCCCUACAUGCAGCCUGUGGCUGAAGCAGAAGAGGAAGUGAGAGAAGAUGAGAUUGAGAAAGCAAGGGAUGAGGCAGAGAUGAGUGUAAGCACCAUGAAUAUCGAGAGCCUUCCUCCUAUCACGCUUUCCAGCAUGUCCCCUUCACUUCUCCAUUCCAUGAUGGAGAAAAUGGAGUCUACUGCAAAGAUGAUGCCCAAACUGAUGGCGGAUAGCUCUGUGUGGGUCGGUGAGGGAGCAAAGAAAGUGAAAAAUAGUCCGGUGUGGGGAGCGGUCGGCAGUGGAGCACAAAAUAUCCAGAAGAUGGUGGUUGAUAGUUCUAUGUGGGAGAAGGUGGGAGCUAGAGCUGGACAUGUCUCCAAACUAGUAGGAGAUAGAGUUCCCAAGGUGGUGGUGGAUGGUUCUGCAUGGAUUGGAUCCGGAGCAAAGGCAGCAGCAGCAAGUCCCAUGUGGCAAAAAGUCGGUUCAGGGGCCAAAUCUGGGGCUGUACUGCUAGCAGACAGUUCAAUGCGUCUCGGAGCUGGAAUUGGUACGGGUGCAAAGACGGUGGCACAGAGUCCCGUGUGGGGGAAGGUGGGCUCCGGGGCCAAAGCCGGAGCCAAGAUGGUUGCUGAGAGCUCAGUGUGGGAGAAACUUGGGACGACUGCUAAAAAAGUGCCCAAAGUAGUCAUAGGGGGUGCGUUGCUGGGUUUGGUGCUGGGUGUGUUUUUGGGGGGUGUGAUUGGCGGGGCUGUGGGGGCAGCUGCUGGAUCUGCAGUAACUGAAGUAGGCAGACGUAGAUUCAGCAAGAAAAACACAUCAGAAACCACAGAUGAAGCUGCAAAAAAUGUGGGAAGAACAGUGAACGACAACAUGGACUCCAUGAUAAAACAAGGAGAGAAAGUAUUGAAAACAGAAUGAACGACUGAAUGGAUCAUGUAAAUAAAAUGUGUAACACGUGUAAAAACAUCAACUACCGUCAGGAUAUGUAAAACAGGCAAAAGAUUUUCACUUUUAUUUUGGCAUCUUGGUGAUUUUGAAAUGCACAUAUUCUGUAUCCACUUGUCCUUUUUGUCUUCAUUUCUUUCUUCACAAAUAGAGACACAAUCAGACUCUGUCAAACUGGAUUUACUGUCAUAUAAACAAAUGUCUUAAUGAUUCCCAACUUCAAUAUCACCCCAUCCUUAAACACAGCAUGCAAAA